ACUAGGCUGUCGCGUCGUUACCAGAUCAAGAGCGGCGUCCCGACGCUCGUCCUUUUGGAUCGCGACGGUGCGAAGAUCAGCACAUCGGCGCAUCAACGUCUCCUCGAGGAUCCGAUGGGAUCGAGUUUUCCGUGGAGGCCUAGGCCGGUGGAUCAGAUCCUCAAAGACGUCGCGCUGCAAACCUGCGGGACGUACGAUCAGGAGCACGCCGGAUGCUCGAAAGAAGUCCUCACCUACCAGAGUCUGCAGGAAGGCAUCCGCGGAUUCUACUUCUCCGCGAAUUGGUGUCCUCCGUGUCGAGCGUUCACUCCACAAUUGGCCGAAGUGUACAGACUGAUCAGGAAACGGGAGCCGGGAUUCGAGAUCAUCUUCAUAAGCAGCGACAG